UGAAUACGCGAGUGAAUUGUAACAGCUCUAGUGCCCAGACAGGUGAAAGUUCAAUUCGGGCAAGUGGAAUUUGCUGUCAGUUGGGAAGUGUAUAAUUGCUGGUUGUUCUCAAAGCCAUGUAACACUCACUCACUAACCCUGGCAUUUGUAAGGAGAAUUGGAAGCUGCUUGUUUGAAUGUUGUUGUUGUGUUUCUAUGACUUUUCUCUUUGCAUGCUAUGUGAGAGCAAUAUGACCUGUCACUGAGCAACAGAAGUGUGUGAGUGUUAGGUCCUCGUAUCCUUGUUGGAUGCAUUAACACAAUUCACUGUUUGUACAAGUGUUAUUGUAGUGUAAUGCGCCGGAUGUUUGAACAUAAUAACAGUACAGCUGUCACUCCAUAGUUCGUUCUUCUAUGACAUGUCUCACGUUUCACAUGAAAAUUGAACAGCAAGUGUUAAAUUCACCUCAUUAACAAUUGCUGUAGGAGAUACAGAGAGAGGAUAAUGCUGCUGCUUGAUGACAUGAAAUCAUGGCUGUGAACGUAGAGAGUUGACACCUGAGUGGGAUUGUUAUGACAGACGAGGAUGUGAGGCGAGCUGACACUGAUACGGAUGUGUAGGACCUUUCCGAGCAGUGUAGCUAGGGCAGUGUAGCUAGGACAGUGUAGCUAGGACAGUGUUGGACAGUGUUGGACAGAGCUGUCACAGCCCAGGUGUUACAUGGUGUAUAUACACUAUUAAAAUCAAGUCAACUGUGACUGGUGUUCAUUACAUGUACCAGUGUACGAUAUCAGGAGGACAGUGUUGGACAGAGCUGUCACAGCUCAUGUGUUACAUGGUGUUUAUACACUGUUAGAAUCAAGUCAACUGUGACUGGUGUUCAUUACAUGUACCAGUGUACGAUAUCAGUAGGACAGUGUUGGACAGUGUUGGACAGUGUUGGACAGAGCUGUCACAGCUCAUGUGUUACAUGGUGUAUACACUAUUAAAAUCAAGUCAACUGUGACUGGUGUUCAUUACAUGUACCAGUGUACGAUAUCAGGAGGAAGUGCUUUUGUGUACAUGGUGUAAAACAAUGUGACAACCCCUAGAUCUGUUUUGUUGAUGAAAGUCAACAGACCGUUGUGGUCUUGUUGAUAGCUGUUCACAACAGGUAUUCACGAUAGGUACUCACGAUAGGUAACUGGACUACAAUAGAUUCAGAUGAGGAGUUACUUUCCUUACAUUCGGAAUGAAUGUGUUUGGAUUUUCCAUUGUUGAUAAUAAAUAAUGACUAUAAAGCAGCAAACAUGGUAAAUGUACAUUACUAUCAAUGAAAAAACCCAUUGCUCUAUAAGCUCUUUCAAGCAGAACUGUGUUAACUGUGCUUUGUGAUAACAGUUUGCUUGUGACGAUAACACCAUGGAGUACACUGUUAUGGUGAACUGUUCAUUGUGUGUGUGUGCAGACUGACGCUUGAAAAGCCGACCACACUGUUCCUGUGUGGUUAAUAUUCUUCCUUCUUCCGGGCAAUGCAUGUAAAUUUGUUGUUGACGACGAUGCUGUCAGUGGCGGAGCAUGGAUGACAACAACAACACCAUCUACAGAACCAUUCCCGACCCGGGUUGUCAGAAGUUGAAGUGGCACAAACCUCCUCUCUCUGUCCUGGUGGUCAGGAAGAUGUUCGAUGAAUCCAUUAUCAUUCCAUUCAAAGACCUCAUUGUCUGGCUUAUAGAGGAGAAGAGCAUGGUGGUGUACGUAGAAGAGAAGGUUCUGGAAGAUACGAGUAAACUGUUCCGAACGGACAGCCAGGAUCUUCUGUCCAAAAUACAGACAUUCAAAGAAGGUGAGGAAGAUCUUACAGACAAGAUCGACUUCAUCGUGUGCCUCGGUGGUGAUGGGACACUGCUCUAUGCUUCGUCUUUAUUUCAGCAAAGUGUUCCUCCUGUGAUGGCCUUCAACAUGGGAUCCCUCGGCUUCCUCACUCCAUUCCACUUCUGCAACUUCCAGGAACAAGUCACCAGUGUUUUACAAGGGGAUGCUUCUCUGCUGUUGCGAUACCGCCUCAAAUGUGUUGUAUGUAAUCAGGGUUCCGAGUGCUCCAGAAUACCUCAUGUAAAAAAUAUAGACAAGAAAUGUGGGACCGCCCAUAUAUUAGUGCUGAAUGAAGUAGUGAUAGACCGAGGGCCAUCCCCAUACUUGUGCAAUAUAGACCUGUAUAUAGAGAGUCGACUUGUCACGUCAGUACAGGGGGACGGCUUGAUCAUCUCCACGCCGACGGGCAGCACUGCGUAUGCGGUGGCGGCAGGGGCAUCCAUGAUCCAUCCUAACGUCCCCUGCAUCCUCAUCACACCCAUCUGCCCGCACUCACUCUCAUUCAGGCCCGUUGUCGUCCCAGCCGGCGUGGAAAUCAAAAUCAUGGUGUCUCCGGAUGCGCGGAACAAUGCCUGGGUGUCCUUUGAUGGCCGGAACAGACAGGAAAUACAGCAAGGAGACACGCUGCGUAUCACCACGGCGAUGUACCCAGUUCCCUCGGUGUGUGCCAAGGACCAAAUAGACGAUUGGUUUGAUGGUCUCGCUGACUGUCUCCACUGGAACGUACGGCGGCAACAGAAGACGUUACCUUCAUUACCCAGCACCACCAGCCUGGACUCCGUUAUCUUGGACCCUGACAGUAACUGACCAAGGUGUAUGUGUAACGAGCCUACAAGUAAAUUCUAGCAGGAAAUAUACGUCAUAAAUGUGCUUUUAUAGACCCUGACUCACUGACCAGGACACUGUGAGAUUGGUGUUGUGUCAACUGUGUUCACUGCUGAAGAUCAUCUGAACAAAAUAACUGACCACGUCAAGUGCAAGGUCAAGGCUGUGAUUAACAAGACCUCAUGAUUAGACAGCUUCUAUGUACCUCCAGAUUCAUGAAUGGUUAUUUGGAUUUGGCAGGAGGUGAAGAUGUGUGAGAUCAAGACUAUCUAGGUGUGCAGGUGUCUGUGUGCACAUCUGUCUGAAUGUCUGGUAUCUAAGUGUCAAGAUGUGCUGGUAUCUAGGUGUCCAGAUGCCCUGAUAUCUAGAAUCAAGAUGCCCUGGUAUCUAGGUGUCCAGAUGCUAUGGUAUCUUGUUGUCUGGAUGUUCCGGUACUCGGUGUCCUGUCCUCAAAACUCGAGCUAGCUCAUGUUUCCCUAUUAGGAAUACAGUCACAUCUGUUUUUGAUAGAGAUGAAACUUUGGAAUGGAAUCAUCUUUUAUAAUUUUAUAUGAUCACAUGACAGGUCUAUGAGGAGGCAAUAUUGAGUUUUAUACACAGGACUGGAGUGCAAUAAUACCAGCUUGAUCGGGAAGGUGAGAGGGACAACUGGGUCACAUUGACCUUUUCCAUUGGCGCCGUUAUCUGGUAUAUUAAAUGUGUAUACACAGUCUCAUGCAAAGGGUGUGUUUCUGCUGUUGUAUUGACACUGUGGUCAACUGGCAUUUGUAUAUAUGUCAGAUACGUAGUUUAAAAUGUUUUAAAUGGCUGAGAAGGUGAUGGAGGGAGAUAUCGUUAUUCAUUGUGUCUGUCUGGACAGAAUGAUUUAGUUUAAUUAUCCCGUUAAUUGUUCAUACAUCAUUAAUAUAUAUGUCAAUAGCUUUGUGUUAGUUGAUGUUUCAUAAUUCUCUCGGGAAGCAGUUUUGUUGUCAUGGAAACAGAUGAUGUCAUCCCUUUCCGGUGACCACUUAACAUUCCUGAAAACUGUAAUAUUUCCAAUAGCAAGGCACAUUAAUAAUUUAUUUUACUUAAAGAAAAAGACUGGACUACAGCUGCUUUUUAAGUUUUAAGGGUUUUUAUUACUGUAUGGUGAUAGAGUAACUACCUGCCCAGUUUGGCAAUGCUCACUGCGGUAUAUCACGAUGUGUGAUUGUACUUGUUAUAAAAUUGUAUAUGCGAAUGAAGUUCACAUGCUACUAGCACGAUGUCAUACAAGCUCAUCACAAGGUUACUACAAGUUUAGUACGAUGUUUAGUAGAAAUGUGAUUUCUGAAUUAUACUGAUGUUGGCACGAUAUAGACUAGUUUCGUACGAGUUGAGUACGCGAUACUUACAACCUUAUCACGACAUUAACACGAUCUCUAUGAGUUUAUCACGAUGUCAACACGACUAAACCGCAACCAGAAUAAGACCGCAUGUUGCGGCUGCCAUCUUGUCAAGUCAAGUCCGGUGCAAGGACACCUUGCUGCAGCAGCUGACACGAGAGACCACGACAGGGUUCAAGAACUUCCCUGUGGUGGACCCGUGUAGAGAGUCCUUACCCUUCUCCCCGAGUCCUGAGGGACUGGUCCUGGACCUGGUCCUAGUUCUGUGUGGCUGUGGUUGUGCGUAAUCUCCAGACUGGGGUGGGUGAUGCAACCCACACACUCAUCCCACCGUGACUAUAUCGUAGCGGACUUAGAUAAGCUUGUAUUCAACACUUGAUUAUCAUAGUGAACUCUAGGUACACCGUAGCUAACUUCAAUUAUGCACGUUUCCCAUAUCAUACUAGUGACAAGGACACGGUUUGCUCUUCCCCAUGAAAAUUAUAAUGUGUUGUGCUCUCAUGAAUCUAACUCACUUUGUGUCUAUCGUGAAGACAUUGUACUCACAUGGUGUCUAUCAUGAAAAAGUCGUGUUUACAUCAGGUUAAUUACAGCACGAGGUCGCUACGAGUGUGGUAUGACAUACACAAGCUUCCUUCAAACACAACCGUGGACAACACAUAUAUAACACGAGCAAGGCACGAUGUCACAUGAUCCAACCACAAUUGUGAUCACGAGCACAUAAGGAGUGAAGUUCGAGCAUAUUACGAGCUGAUGUAACGAUUGCUCAUGCGAGCUUAACAUUGUGAAAUGUCCCAGCCUAAAUCGCGAAAGGUUACAGGUAGCAUGAAUUGAAGCAACAUGCAGUUUUAAGUGGUUCUUUAAAUGACGAUGUGAAGAGUUACCUCCCUUCCAAUAUCAAUCAACUGGUAGGUGAAAAUGGUAGUUACGAAAGGACUUUGCAGGAAGAAUAAGAAAAUUAUUUUUAAUUGUUCACUUAUGAUUGUUUAUCGAUACAGCAAGUAAUGCAAACCCUGGAAAUACACAAAGAAAGUAUGUCCAUGUUGUAAAUUGAAAACCAAAACAUGAGAGUAAUUUAUUUAAUCACCUCCACAUUGUGUCUUUACUGUGCACCUGCUGUUGUUAAUCAUAUAUGUGUGUUGUAUGUUUCACCAGCUGAUAAAUUUAUAUGUGUUAAAGUUAAAAGAAAUGCCGAGACAUUAAGCCAAAAGCAGAAUCUUUUUGCAAUACUAAUAUGAACAUUGUCACUCGCUGUUUUCCAAUGAGUUUUUUUUAUCAGACCAUAGGUUUCCAAUCACAUGAUCAGUCUUCCUGCAUUCUGCGUGAAACGUUUCUCGAUGCCAUCCACAUGUACAGCCAUAUAGGUAGUUUCUGUAACCCACGGCUUCUAAAUUAACCUGUUGAAUAUAGAGUAGUCAGCAGACAUCUUUAACAAAUACUUGUAGUUGUAAGACCAGUAGUAGCAAAUGGGCAGAUAACUCUAAUUACCCCUAGCUAGCCAUGUGCUUGGCAUCUGUAUUUCUCGACUUGAGACUAAAGUAAGGCAUUCUAAUCAGCAGCUGAGGUUGUUAACAUUCAAAAACCUAAACCUUUGUGGCAUCAAAAAUUGAAAUCCCAACUUGUGGAAUUGUGGUGUUUACUGACAGUCAGUCCUCCAGAAACAUCAAUCACUUGACUUUAUUAAAUAAUACUUAUUACGUAUGUGCUCAAAAGAUAACUCUAUGUAAGUCCUUUUCCACUGCUGUGAUAUUGUUGUUAUAAUGCUAAAAGUGGUGUAAAACUUACUCUCGUAAUAAACUCAAUAUGGAUGCAAGACAUUAAACAUAAGGCAAGUUAAUCUAGUCACUGGAUUAAUGUAAUAUCGUCAUUUAAUAUUGUAUCUCUAUGAAAUGAUGACAUAUGGUGUCUAAUCUUUGUGUUGACCAGGUCAAGGGUCAGUCAUGAACUCUUCCUUUAGCAUGCAAGUAGUUGCAACAAUUAUCAUAUUGAUGUUCUAUUUCAAGUGUAGUGGCAUGUACACAGGUUGUCUAAUAGGACCCCUUUGUGGCCACUGGCCUGUCCGCACCAUAUCCAUGUUCACUGUAAUGUCCUGCGUCAUUUGAAUGAUUCUUCAACAGUAAGGUCUGAUAUAACUAAGAUAUUGUUCAAAGCAGCGUUGAACCCGACUCAUUCACUCGUUGACCCUUGCUGCCAUUGUCAUCUAUCCAUCUGUCCGUGUGAAGCUGAGUAUACUGCCAAUGUGUCAAGUUGAGGGAAUGGUGUGUUCGUUAUUACACAGCCUCAUUGGUAUGGGGAUAUUGUAGGGAAAUGUAUCCGGCAGGGUUACAAUAGUACUGCAAGAGUUAACACUUGCGAUUAUAUACCCAGUACCUUUACCUUCCAACACUGUGUCUGACGUAGCUGUCUGCCUGUUGUCCCGUGGAUGGCAACAUUUCUUCUUCAAUUAAUUCUUACUUGUCCAACUGUCCUGUAGAAUGAUCAGUUAUUCAUAUUCAUAAUGAUGUUUGUAAUAUAUAAAUUAUGUUUUGAAUUAAUUAAUAUACAAUGUCAACACGUGUUUGUAUUUUUAUGAAAUAUUUUAUUUAUCAAGAGAAACAAUAAAAGACUACACAACAACAAA